AUGGCUAUCAUCGGCAUGUUCUUCCAAGAUGGCCUGACCGGAUCUGCGUGGGGUGACUGGUCUUUGUACACGGAUUCGCCGCUGCGUGCUGCGGAAGAAGAGGAGAAGGCACCUCCGCCUUUCGACCCUGCUCAACAGGUGAAGUUUCCGGGCUUCGACUCCGUCCCAGCUGGUGUGGGCGCUGUGACCACCCCUCCGGGCACCUAUGGCUUUUUGGCUCUCUUCCUGGCCUCAGGUGCCAUGGAGCUGGGCGUGUGGACUGAGGACCCCAGCAAGGAGGCUGGCGACUUCGGCGAUCCGCUGGGUCUUGGCCAGUACAACGAGGAGUUCCGCAACAAGGAGCUCAACAACGGCCGUUUCGCCAUGUUCGCAGCACUUGGGAUUAUUUCGGCAGACCUUUUCACAGGCAAGGAUGCCAUGCAGCAGUUCGGCCUCUAG